AUGGGACUCACACAGGACCCCAACUUCCAAAAGCUGCAGGACUGGUACACAGCCCACGCCCUGAACCUCAACAUCAGGCACAUGUUUGAGGCUGACAAGGAGAGAUUCAACAAGCUCAAGCUCACAUUGAAAACUGAGGAUGGAGACAUUCUUCUGGAUUACUCCAAGAAUCUCAUCACUGAUGAAAUCAUGAAGAUGUUGGUUGAUCUGGGCAAGUCGAGAGGCAUUGAAGCUGCCAGAGAGAAGAUGUUCGCUGGAGAGAAGAUCAACUUCACUGAGGGCCGCGCUGUGCUCCAUGUGGCUCUGAGGAACCGGUCCAACACUCCCAUCAUGGUCGAUGGCAAGGACGUGAUGCCAGAAGUCAACAAAGUUCUGGAGAAGAUGAAGGGCUUCUGUCAUAGAGUUCGCAGCGGUGAGUGGAAGGGCUUCACCGGAAAGGCCAUCACCGAUGUCGUCAACGUCGGCAUCGGAGGAUCUGACCUUGGCCCCCUGAUGGUGACCGAGGCCCUGAAACCUUACUCUAAAGGUGGACCGCGUGUGUGGUUUGUAUCCAAUAUUGAUGGGACGCACAUCGCCAAAACCCUGGCACAGCUGAAUGCUGAGACAACCCUCUUCAUCAUCGCAUCCAAGACAUUCACUACCCAAGAGACCAUUACCAAUGCUGAGUCAGCGAAAGAAUGGUUCAUUGAACAUGCCAAAGACGUGACUGCCGUUGCCAAGCACUUUGUGGCCCUUUCCACGAAUGGACCCAAAGUGAAGGACUUCGGCAUCGACCCAGAGAACAUGUUUGAGUUCUGGGAUUGGGUUGGUGGGCGUUUCUCCCUGUGGUCUGCAAUUGGAAUGGCCAUUGCCCUGCAUAUUGGCUACGACAACUAUGAAAAGCUUCUUUCAGGAGCCCAUUGGAUGGACAACCACUUCCGCACCGCUCCCCUGGAGAAGAACGCUCCCGUCCUGCUGGCUCUGCUGGGCAUCUGGUACAUCAACUUCUUCCACGCUGAGACCCACGCCAUGCUGCCCUACGACCAGUACAUGCACCGCUUCACUGCCUACUUCCAGCAGGGUGACAUGGAGUCAAAUGGAAAGUACAUCACUAACCAUGGAGCGCGUGUAAACUACCACACUGGGCCAAUAGUGUGGGGAGAGCCAGGAACAAAUGGACAGCAUGCCUUCUACCAGCUUAUCCAUCAAGGAACACGCAUGGUGCCUUGUGACUUCCUGAUCCCAGCUCAGUCACAGCAUCCCAUCAGAGACAACCUGCACCACAAGAUCCUGCUGGCCAACUUCCUGGCCCAGACAGAAGCUCUGAUGAAGGGUAAGACCACAGAGGAGGCCAAGAAGGAGCUGGAGGCCAGCGGCCUGAGUGGAGAAGCUCUGGAGAAAAUCCUCCCACACAAAGUAUUCCAAGGAAACAGGCCAACCAACUCAAUCAUUUUCAAGAAACUAAGCCCGUACACACUUGGAGCACUUAUAGCGAUGUAUGAGCACAAGAUCUUCAUCCAGGGUGUCAUGUGGGAGAUCAACAGCUUCGACCAGUGGGGAGUCGAACUGGGCAAACAGCUCGCCAAGAAGAUCGAAGCUGAGCUCAAGGACACCGCAGAGGUCCACUCCCACGACGCCUCCACCAACGGACUCAUCAACUUCCUCAAGCAUAACUUUGCCUGAGUCGUGAAACCCCCCCCGACAACUUCCACAUCAUUAGCCAUCCAAUAGGCUCAUGAGGUAGCUGG